AUAAUUAUCAAAUGCACAAAUCAGAUCCUCGAUAACAAUUAAGUAAAUAGACUGGAAACAUUUUAUAACAUGCCUGAAUAUUAAAUAGACAUUGUAGUUUUCUGCUGUCUGUACUUUGACGGACUAAAAUAUGCAUCAACAUAAAAGAUUGACGUUCCUAAUGAACAUAUAAUGGACCAACAUGAAUAGAGACCGUUGUAAGAAUUUUUAGUACCUCAUUUAUCUAGUCGAAGGUUUGCAUACAGUAACAUCAACAAUUUUAAUUGACAACAGGACCUUUGUCGGGGCAUAUACAUCCGCCGACAUCACAUUGUUUCACUUAUCUGAUGAGAUGUCCCUAUAAAACGAGGGCUCUAUAAGAUGAGUCCCUUCAAUAGAACAGUUUACGUUACGGGCGCAAACGUUCGUAAUAAGUGGAACAUGAAUAUCGUCUGGUUAAAGGUGGUGAUCCUAUUGAACGGGUGGCUGUUCAUCAAGGGAUCGUCUGUGGCCAUGCUGCAACACGCCACGUCCUCGCAAAGCAUCGUGUUUCACCAGGCGCAGCCGGCGCUGCCCGCCACUACCACCCCUGUAUCUUCUUUAGACCAGUACAGCAGAACUCAACCAAAAUACGAGUAUAAGUAUGAGGUGUCAGAUCACCAAACGGGCGACAGAAAGAGCCACUGGGAGCGGCGCGAGGGUGACAAAGUGCGCGGCGCGUACUCUUUGUAUGAGCCCGAUGGCGCGCUACGCACCGUUGAGUACACCGCGGAUGCAGUCCAUGGAUUUAAUGCCGUUGUGCGUCGUGAUGAGCCACACCAGCAGACCAAGCUGCAGCACCCUCGUAUGCCAGAAUCCCGCAGCCGAGCCCUGGCUAGCAGAGACUACCUCGAUAGCCAACAGUACCUGCCCGAGAGGAGCGCGCCAACCAGUCCACGAUACGGGCCCAGUAACAGUGCCAACUCUAAUGUGGGCUUCAGUGUUAACCAUGUAUCUGGUCUACAAGCCCCGGAGGAGAAUUAUAAUUACUAGAGCCGGAGACAACUAUGUACGACUUAAUAGCGAAUGCCAAUGUGAACGUGUGUACUGUGUAUGGUCAGCAAAUCUAUUAGGCACCCCUGCAUAUAUUGCUUAGAUAAUAUUUUCGCUGAUAUUUUUGCAUAUAUAGCAAUUAUGAAUGAAUUCAUUGAUAAAGUCGCCAUGCACUUUUACGGCUGAUGGUACAGUGUAGAACCCAAAUCGGUAAACAAUUAUGUAGCUACUAGGUAAGUUAGUAUUUAUUGUUGAAGUGUCAUGUUGAAGUCGUUGUAAAUAUGUAAUAGCAACGAGCAUUUAUUUAGCUGACUAUAUUUAGCUGAAUGGGACUUAACGGGCCGUAUUUUAACGAACAAUUUAAGAUACAUUUUUAAGAUUGAGCAUCAUUUAGUUAAAAUAAAUUCAGAGAUUAAAAAUG